UCUUCCUCAAGCUCUUCGCUUGCCCUUUGAUAAGCUCGUCAGGUUAUAGUUGAGAGUCAGCCAUGGCGGACCCAACUCUUAUGCAGCAAGAUAUGCCGGUGGGGUACAAAUUCUGCCCGACCGAUGAAGAGCUCGUCGGUCAUUACCUCCGGCACAAAUUGAUGGCUGAUGAUCCCUCCAUCCACGAUACCAUCCCUGAGAUUGACGUUUGCAAUUUCGAACCCGGGGAAUUACCAGCUGUUGUUUCAUCGUUUUCGCUGAACAAGUCAGGCGACCCAGAAUGGUAUUUCUUCAGUCCUCGCAGUUACAAGUACCCAAAUAGCAAUCGGUGUAAUAGGGCAACAUCGAGUGGCUACUGGAAAGUAACCGGUCAAGACAGAAGAAUCAGGGAUCUUGCCACCAACAACGUUACUGGGACCAAGAAGAGUCUAGUUUUUUACCAAGGACGCACUAAAAGUAAUUGGGUCAUUCAUGAAUAUCAAUAUUGUGAUGACCUUUUUCCUCCAAACCAGGGAACUUAUGUUCUAUGUAAGUUAACGAGGAAAUCCGAGAAGAAAACAAAAGAAAAGACGGAUAAGACAAGGAAGCCAAAUGACACUAUGGCUUCCGAGUAUGGAAAUCAAGCAAAUGAUAUGAUUCCAGGAGUACAAAUUCCGGAGUCAGGUGACUUUGGAGGCUCACCGCACGAAGUGGGGUCAACCAGUGAGAUGCUACUUGAUGAACCAGAAGACGCAUUUGAUGUGGAUUCGUUUUUGCUGUGGUCUCUGAGUGAGGAUAAGUAAGAGUAACUGGAAGCGCUUACAGUAUCAGACAUAUGCGUCGAGACAAUAAAGAAAGAAAACCUACCUAUUAUGUUUAAGGAGAAAAAAUACGAUUGUGGUGUGUAUCUUUUUGAAGUGUUCUUGGGAUUGAGUGUUUGUUUAAACCAGUUUUUCAAAUGAUUUAGUGCUUGCUGUAAUAAA